GAAUACAAUCAAUAAGAUUCUGAUACGUCUCUCGGCGUCACGCGGUGACGAAAGGGAAACGUACAAUUUGCACCGGAAUGCGUAGCAAGAUCAGCUAUAUGUUCUCAGUCAGGUUUAUGCCCCAAAUCGAUCUCAUUUCCUUAGCUUCAGUAAGUGUUCACGAUUUUAGAUAGUUAAUUGGUUCUUUGAAACGACUCUGAUCUGCUGGCUUUACUGUUUAAAGUCCUGUAAACUUUUGUUUCUGCUGCUUAAUUCAGAUUUAACAAAAAACACGAGAGAUGCCUCGGAUUGUUUAUCCAUGUGCAGCUUGCAAGAUUCAACGAAGAAAAUGCGGAGAUAACUGCGCGCUUGCUCCUUAUUUUCCACCAAAUGAUCUUCACAAAUUCAUAGUGGUACACAAAUUGUUUGGAACAAGCAACGUUGUCAAAAUCCUUCAGGAUAUUCCGGCUGAGAAGAGGGGAGAUGCUGUAGAGAGCAUGGCAUACGAAGCAAAUGAGAGAGUGCGCGAUCCGGUCUACGGUUGUACCGGAAAAAUUUGUCGAUUGCAAAAGCAAGUAUUACACCUCCAAUCAGAGCUAGCAGCCGCUCAAGCCGAGCUCCUCAAUACACACGCUAAUCUCAUGUCUCUCCUGACUGGAAUUUGUGAUGCCGGUGAAGCAAAAACCACAUCUGAUGUAGUACAGCAGAGCGAUCCACAUAAAGAAGACUUAAUUGCUUGGCAAGAUGAUGACGAGGAUCCGUUUGGAUUAUGGGAGCCCUUGUGAACAAGUUUGGUUUACCAGAAGUCAUGCCUAUUUUCAGGCGAACUCGUGUUAAAAAGGAAUCAUUAAAUUGUUGCAAGGUUUUCAGAAAAUAAUAAUAUUUAUAUUUUUGAAAUAUCAAUAUUGUAGAAUGAACUUUAUAAAAAAAAGUUCAAACAUAAAGAAAGUUCAUCAAGAAUAAUGGUACAUUCUUAGUUCAUCAUUUUUAGCCCUCUGUUCCAACGGAAAAGCCCUGAUCUGGUUAGGCACUAUAUGUGAGAGGAAAGCAGACAAGAAUCUAAAAGGGUUUCACAGCUCAAUAAGUGUAAUCAUAAGCUUAUGUUAGAAGUGGUGUAUUUUUCAAUAUCACAAAAAAUAUUUCUUUUUAUUUGUUCA